AUGAACCGUGCAUCAAAUAUUAUAACAAAACUUACCUUUGAAGGAGAAAGUCCUUCUUUUAGUGAUGUAGAGAAGCCUGAAACUGCUGGAGUAGAUGAAAAUCUCGGAAAAUCUCCUGCAGAUUUAGAGUUACAAUUUUGUCAAGUAUGUGCACAUCAUUGUAUGCAUAAAAACAAAAAUGUCUUUUGAAUGUAAAAAUUAUAUAUGUCGAUGUAAUUGGAACGAACUCCCAUAAGACAUUAUAAUUUUUUUUACAUAUUAUAAGAUCAAAUCUUAC